AUGGAUACUAUGGCCAAACGCACGAUCAAGGCGCAGCUCGUCCCAACUGCUGAUUGCCAAGCGCAUUGGAUUAUUACCUUCAGCGAGCUUGGCGAAUGUAUCAAUGCAAAUCUUUCCGGAAAUACGCUUCAUUAUACACGGCAUCACCUUUCAAGAGUCUUGGACACCAUCGAGUUUCAAAUCAGAUAUGGUUGCCCACCGAUUGAUCAACUGAAAGGAGAUAUGUGGCUUCCGGAUCAUAUUAUGCAGCGACAGGAAUUCUGCCGCUGCACGGAGUGGGUAUGGGGAGUAAUCUGGUGGUAUACUGAGCUUGGCUGUAUCGAGAAGCUCUCUACGGAUGGAAUUCCACUUGACGAAUUAUCGGAUGAGCUACUUCAGAGACAGACCAACGCUCUGAUCGCUUCUGGAUGCUUAGAGGUCGAAGCUGAUACCGCGAUGGAGCGUUCGCGUAAUGAGGAAGAUAAUGGCCAGGAGGUCAGGUCCAUCAAGGUUAUGCAUCGUCAAUUUCAACAUCAGGAAGCUGAGGAGUAG